AUGUCCGAACCGUCCACCCGUUCUCCUAAGAAAAUUGGCGGACGCAAACCUCUCAGGCGUCCCGAUAUCCCUUCCACGACGACGCCCGAGAAAAGGAGACACAGUGAGCAACGCUCACCCGAAGUCAGAAUAUGUCGUGAAAACGUGAAAGAUGCCAGGGUUCUAAGGCCUGACCACCAUUUAUACGAUAAAACUCCGCCCGAACAGAGUCACAAGUCACGAAAGCAGAAACGGAUCCAUGCCAGCCCAUCAUCGCACCAAUUUAAACACCGGAAAGAGCAGCUUCAAUCUGAAAAACAAUUUUCUGCACAGAUAGUCUCGAAAGAAGACCAGGAAACGAUAAGUGAGAAAGUGAAAGAGCAGUCAAAAAAGCGAAAACGGGAGAAGAAGCAUCGUCACAACUCCGUAGAUUCAGGAGGGACUACCAGUAAACAGGAACGCAGUCUCGGUGCCAAUGUUGACCACCGUUCUAGACGGCAGAAGAGUUCUUCCCACAGAGGCGAAAAGUAUCGAACCCCGUCAAAAACACAAAUGUCACCAAAAGACGAAUUUGAUGCUUGCUCGUCAUCCGCACAUUCAGAAGGUUCGACACGAUUUUCUUCUCCGCGGGAUUCUCCCUCUCCCAGGCGUCACUGUCAAGAGCGGCAAGGGGAAACAGAACGUACUCGAUUUCCCACAAAUGCGGGCGUCUACCACGCGGCAUCACUUCGUGAGCCUAAGGAACGCGGGGAAAGAUUGAAGCGACAGGAGGUCGUAAUCGGCGUCAGCCCCCCCGCGGUUGAGGUCAGUCGAGAAAAGCCACCGAAAUCCUCACGGAUUACCGAAAGCAGAGAUGAGAAGGCUCAUCGCUUCAAUGAAAACAAGAUGAAGGAGAGGAGUCUUUUGGGAGCAGUGCAACGAACGCAGCCGCUGACAGAAUCACCCUCAAGAUCAUUUCAUUCAGGUACGUGCGAAGAAACUGGAAAUGGCCGGGCUUCAGUAGAUUCCUUGCGAUCGCGACACCGUUUGCAUCUCUCGACUGAGGAGCACUCCUCCCUGAGGCGAGCUGUAAAGUCCCCCAGAGUGCGGCGCAGAUCAAAAGCCAGAGAUGACUUGCUGUCCGAAUCUUCGAGGGAAGGUGAGCCGCAGGUCAGAGACACAGAUACACACUCGUCUGAAUGCAAACGUCGUCGACGUGAUGAGCAAGCACGUACCGGUACGCCAUGUGGAGUCUCAGAGACUACCGAGAGUUCUCAGGCCUCCAAGAAGUCGAAGUCAGUCCGCUCGCGGUCGACAUCCGAGCAUUCCACGGAUCCCUGUAAUAAGUUAGAGCCAGACACAAAGCUUGGUUUUCGGAUGCCGACUCCAGAGCCAUCAUCCGAUGUCCAAUCUCAUCACCAGUCGCCCUCUCCCAAAAAACGCAUUUCAGCGACUGGGAGUUCUAUAGCCACCUCUCUGCUCGGUCUCGUCGACAUGCUAACUGUAGAAGAGACCUCCGACACGGAACUGGAGGCACUUCUUCCUCCCACUAUUCUUUCUGGAGAACACGCCAAGCUCUGUAUGCCAUCGUCCUCCAAGCAGAUUUUGCAGCAACAACAGUCCAAAGACGUUCUCGGUGUCAGCGGACUCUCGGCA